AAAAAAAAAAACUGAUGUGUUGUCUUCUCCGUCCCUACAUCUACGCACUCUUAUGCAAUUUCCGUCAUGUGUUGGGACUUUCGGUUGUCAAAUUUGAGCCAAUUUUCGAAAAAUGCAGCUUUUCCGUACUUCUGUAAUCACGAUAAUAGAAUUCGGCCGGCAUACGUGAAUGUGCUUAAAUAAUCGCUGUGAAUGCAGAUAGGUCGGUUGUUUACGAUCUAAUCGGAGCAUCGACAAUAAGCCAGUUGGAGUACAAUACAACAACAGCAGUGACAUUAGCAAGUGCCCAAUAUUAUCGUCCAGUCGAGCAGAUGAUUGUCACCAGCAGUAGUGUAAUAAGAGGGGCGGGGGUCAAAUCAGUGAGUGAAGAGUCGCAGCAGGAACAACAUGGACUUCGAAACGUUGGCAUCAGGACUUAAUUGUACUCCACCUGCCAUUGAUGAUUUCCCCAGGGAUUUCUUCACCGAAGAGGAACGACAAGACGGUGCAGUGGUGGUGCAUGUCCUCGUAUCUCUCUACCUCUUCGUCGCCUUGGCCGUAGUCUGUGAUAAAUUUUUUGUACCGGCAGUAGAAAAAAUAUGCCACGCGCUGAACAUGUCGGCGGACGUCGCCGGAGCGACGUUCAUGGCGGCUGCGACUUCCGCCCCCGAGCUCUUCGUGAACGUGAUCGGCACGUUCAUCACAGAAGGCGACAUUGGCGUCGGCACGAUCGUGGGGUCGGCAGUUUUCAACAUCCUGGCCGUGGCCGCCUGCUGCGGCAUCGGUGCCGGCAUGUGCGGGGUGAAGGUUGUCCCCCUCGACUGGUGGCCCCUUACCCGAGACUGUCUCGCCUACGGCAUCACCGUGUCCAUCCUCAUCUGCAUCAUCCACGACGAGCGAGUCGAGUGGUACGAGGCCCUCACCCUGGUCCUCCUCUACACCGUCUACAUCCUCAUCAUGUACUUCGACAAGUCCAUCCAGAAAUGCGCACGAGGGGGGCUGAGGAAUGCACAAAGGUCACGAGAUUCUCCUAGAUCUAGAACACAAUCUGUAGAGGCGGCUGAGGCCCACUUACCGCUACAACCACACAAAGAAAAGGAGAUUGCACAAAUCAAGGAGUUGGUGGACAAUCAUAACGUGGACACCACGGGUCCACCUCUGGAGCAGCCGAUCCAUAUCAUAGUACCGGCGCACUUGAACGGGUCCAUCAAGGUACCGGCAGACGGUACGGAGAACGAAGAGGACAAGAACAAACCGGAGACGAACGGAAUGGUGGAAGAGGAACGGCACAGUCUGUGGAAGUGGCCAGCCGGGAGGAGCAAAUUCACCCAAGUGACGUGGAUUAUAACGUGGCCGAUCCACCUAAUCUUCCUCUUCACCAUCCCGGAUUGCGAAAAACCAAGAUUCAAGAAGUGGUUUCCUCUAACCUUCACCAUGUGCAUCGUCUGGAUCGGCUCCUUGUCGUACGUCGUCGCCUGGAUGAUCACCAUCAUCGGCGACACUCUAAAAAUCCCGGACUCCGUCAUGGGGAUCACGUUCCUAGCCGCCGGUACCAGCAUACCAGAGGCCGUUUCGAGUGUCAUCGUAGCCAAACAAGGUCACGGUUCCAUGGGAAUCAGCAACUCCAUCGGGUCCAACACCUUCGACAUCCUCCUCUGUCUGGGUCUACCCUGGUUCAUCAAAGCCACGUUCAUGCCCACGAUCGCCGGGAAGCACUGGGUUGGUAUCAACUCCGCCGGUAUCGAGUACAGUGCGAUUUCCCUCCUCUCCUCCCUUCUUCUGCUCUACGUCGUCUUCGCAGUGAACAAAUUCCGCCUCGACAAGAGGGUGGGCCGGAUUUGCUUACUCAUGUACGCGGUUUUUCUUAUCCUGGCCAGUCUGAUCGAGCUUAACGCGUUCUUCAGAGUUAAUUUACCAACUUGUGGACGGUGAAGUUUAUAGUGCACGUGUGUGUUAGGCUAUAUCACUGAAGAUCUAUAUUUUUUACAUAAAUUUUAUUUUACUACAGUUUAUUUAGUAAAUUGUGAUUUCCUUCAAUAAUACUCUCGAUCGAUCUGUUUACGGCGUGUCAGAUCUCAUGGAUAUUUUGCUGUAGAGUAAUGCAAGGAAAUUGUAGGGUUUUUUAGAUCACAAUGUUCAUCACCAUUCGUUAGACUAAGUUAUUAUUAUUGUAACGUCUUGCUGUACAUAGACCCAACCUCUGGAUUAUUUAAAGUAUUUUAUGUAGCAACUAAGUAUUUUAGUCGUUUUUUAAGCUCUGUUAUUUUAUUUUAUUAAAACAGUAUGUACAGAAGUAGUGUUUAUAAUUUAUUUCAU